AUGCGGCUCGCGAUGAUUUGCGCCACCAUUUUUUUGGUGUCGGUUUCUGGCAAAGGUGGCGGCUCGCGUGGCGGCGGUGGUGGUAGUCGUGGGUUCAGCGGCUCGCGAUCCUCGAGCUCGUCGUUUCGCUCGUCAUCGGGCUCCUCAGGCUCAAAGAGCUAUUCGCGUUCGACGUACACGACGCAAAUGCGCUCCACGGUGUUCAGAAGCGGUGUGUCCAGCAAUCAUUUGACCUACAUGCCAUCAUCACACGUCUACGUCAUUUCGAGCCCGUCGUACCCAAUGAUGUAUGGCGGUUAUCAUUACUAUUGGGGUGGCCAUUAUGUUUCCGAUCCAUCGCGACCCACAAUAUGCGAAUAUGAAAUAACCGACGAGGACGACGAAUUCCGAAAUGUCACAUUCACGAAUGGAACUCAUCCGAAGACGAUCACCUUCGGAUGUCCGCAGAAGAAGGAAUGUUGUGGAAUGGAGUGUUGCAAUAAGGAUUCCACAAAUUUCUGCAUUAUCAUCGGCUUCGUCGUAAUGGCGCUCGUCGUCGCUUGCUGCUUCGGAACAUGCAAAUACGGCUGCAAUUGCAAUGAUACCGAGACGGUCACCGUCGUGACGACCACCACGACGUCGAGCCAACCGCCAGUGUACACCCCGCAAUUCGUUCCGCCGCCAUUGCCGCCGUAUCCCGGCGAAACCGUUCUACCAUUCAGCGUGCCGAUCAGUGUGCAAGAAGUGAAGACAAAAAUCAUUUGA